GAAGCCGCAGCGCCUGGUUUGAAAGUGCAGUAACAGUCGGUCAGUCACGAGUGCAGAGGUAGCUAGCUGUUCCUUGUAGCGGCAGGAAAAUAAAUUGACAUUCCACAACAUGACAUGUAAUGUAAUUUCUCCGGGUCUUGGGGUGCUGUCCGAUGAUGAAGAUUCUCCAGUCUUUGAAUCUACUGCUGCCGAUUGUGUGGCGGGUAUCCGUAAAGAUCUUCUUGAUGAUUUUUCGUGCAUCUCACCAGGACUAGGACACGCUUCUCUGAUCUCCACCAAUGAAAGCAGUGAUAAAGUUAUGGUAUAUGUCAGGAUUAGGCCAUUUGUAGAUGGUGAAUUGGAGAAAAAAGAAGAGCAGGGUUGUGUUGUGGUAGAGGAUCAGGAGACUUUGGUCUUACGAGCUCCUAAAGAGUCUUUUACAAUGAAAAACACUGAACGUGGGCAGGGCCAGAGUGUACACAAAUUUACAUUUUCUCAGAUUUUUGCUCCAGAUGUUGACCAAAAGCAGUUUUUUGAUGGAACUAUGAGGCACGUGGUAAAAGAUGUCUUAAAUUGUCAAAAUUGGCUGGUUUAUACAUAUGGGGUGACCAACUCGGGCAAAACAUACACUAUACAAGGGACUAGCAAGGAUGGUGGUAUUCUUCCUCGCUCCAUAUCCCUCAUUUUUAACAGUGUACAAGACCGUCUGUAUAAAAGUUCUGAUCUCAAGCCCCUUUCCAAUGAGGUUAUCUGGCUGGAUAGCAAACAAGUGCGCCAAGAGGAGCUGAAGAAAAUCUCUGUGCUCUCUAAUUUGCGCGAGGAACAACCUAUGAAAAGUGGCGGCAAUGACUCUCAGUUGCGAGCUGGCACUAGCAUGAGCUUUGACAGUGGUAUUGGUGGGUUGUCUUGUACAAACCAUGGUAACCAAACCAGCAUUCAGCUUGAAGAAACUACUUCACACUGGGGACCUCAAGAUGCUAUUUCACUCCAGGACCCUGCUGAUGCACAGAUCUCGAUUUGGGUGUCGUACUUUGAAAUUUACAAUGAAUUUGUGUAUGAUUUAUUAGAACCAUUGCCCUCUGCGCUACAUCGCAAAAGAACCACACUAAGGUUAUGCGAGGACAGGAAUGGAAAUCCUUAUGUUAAAGAUCUAAACUGGAUCAACGUUCAAAGCGCUGAUGAAGCAUGGAAACUGCUGAGGGUUGGAAGAAAAAAUCAGAGCUUUGCGAGCACCCACCUUAACCAAAAUUCCAGCCGAAGUCAUAGCAUCUUUUCUAUUCGGAUUCUCCACUUGCAGGGCAAUAAUGAUUUCACUCCAAAGAUUAGUGAACUAAGUUUCUGUGAUUUAGCUGGAUCUGAACGAUGCAAAGACCAGAGAAGUGGUGAUCGUCUAAAGGAAGCAACAAAUAUUAACACAUCUCUUCAUACUCUGGGCCGCUGCAUCGCUGCACUGAGACAAAAUCAGCAAAACAAGCUGAGGCAGAAUGUGGUCCCAUUCAGGGACAGUAAAUUAACCCGUGUCUUUCAAACAUUCUUCACCGGGAGGGGAAAAUCUUGCAUGAUUGUAAAUAUAAAUCAAUGUGCUUCAACCUAUGACGAGACCCUACAUGCCAUGAAGUUCUCCUCUAUUGCAAGCCAGUUAGUCCAGGCACCACCAAUGAAGGUGAAUCUUCCAACUAUUCAGUCCCUCAUUAAAGAGAGUAGCGUGCUGGCUAAUCGCAGUUAUACGGAUGAUGAAGAUGUCGAAGAGGGAUCUGAUGAGGAAGACGGCAGUGAAGUGGAUAUCGCCACCUUUAACAGAGAAGAACUGCUGCAGGUUAUUGAAAGUCUGAAACAACUUCUGAUUAAAAAAAGUCAAGAAAAUCUUGACAUGGAGGGAAGAAUCAGGAAGGAAGUCUGUAAUGACAUGAUGGAAAUCAUGCAGCAGCAAAAGACUCAGUUCAGUGAAACCAUGGAGGAUGAGCGAGAAUUGCUGGAGGAGAUGCAUGAGGGUAGACUGGAAAACCUGAAGGAAUCACUUACAAACUAUUACAUGCGAGAGCUGGAGGAACGAGAUCAACGAAUUCAGGAACUGGAGGUUGCUCUGGAAGAAGCUGCUAACCAAACCACUUCUAUACCAUUAGAUACCAGCAUGAGCAAAAAGGAAACCACUACUCUCCGUAGGUCUAAGCGUAUAGCAAGCAGUGAACACUCUGAUUUGAACCGACUCAAGCAGGAAAUGUUGGAAUUAAAAGAUGAAUUGCGCUCAAAGAAUGAGGAAAUACUAAAACUUAAAGCGGCUCAAGAACCACCUUCAUCUACCAGAACUUUUACAGCUGAUGUAGAUCGGAAAAUUGAAGAUGGACAAAAGUAUUUUCUGGGCUCUCGUCACAAGUGCACAGAUUUUCAGCACACAAGAGCUCUUUGGAACAUCAGAAUGUUGCGCACAGAAAUUCAGAAGUUUGGGGCCUCCUUACAGCAGGUUGAUCGUGCAUGCUGCCAUACAACUGGAGGAGAGAGGAUGAGACAGGCCCUGGCUGGCUGUGAUGAGAUUUUGUCUAAACAGGAAAAGACUCUAGCAGAACUGCAAAACAACAUGGUUCUGGUGAAGAUGGAUCUGAGGAAGAAAGCAAUUUGCAUUGCCGAGCAGUACAACACUGUGCAAAGACUACAAGGAACAUCUUCUGGCCUUAAACGCAUGGUGAAUAAUGAGAAUCUACAACCGAACCAGAGUUCAGAAAAACGACCUUUUUUCCGCAACCUCCUGUCCAGGACUCCUGGACAAAAAGCACUAGCGGAGAACGGUCCCUAUAGCCGGGUGCUGCGAGCUCGACGAUCACCUGUACUCAAAACAAUUGCGUUUGGUACCAAAUACUGAAUUUUAUCUGCUGCUAAUGGACUCUGAAAGAGCGCUCUAUUGCUGCUAAUUGAGGGCAGUAACUGUAUAUUGCAUUCAUAUCUCAGUAGGCUUUAUAUCCUCUAUAGUGAAGGGACUGGUAUGCCUGUGUGUAAGACUAUGCAGAAGUUGUUUCUAUGUAUGACUGCUUACAAUAUCAUUUAUUUUAUGCCCCUGUUUUAAAAGUAAGUUAAUACACAGCUUGUGGGACGUUUUACAAUUAGUUUUUUAUUUUUUCAUUACAGUUGAAGUGGUUCAUAAGUGCAAUAUUCAUCAUGUAUUUACGCUGUCACAAUAAAUCGCCUUUGUACAGUU